CCGCAUUCCAUCAUUCUCAAAUUGGGCCAGGCCUCUACUCUAAAAUCGUGGCCGUUGGUCGACGGAACGUGUUUACCUGUGUCGCAAAGGUGCUUUUCGUCGAGGUGCCGAUAGGAGGAACAGGCCUGAUUUUCUUUGCUGGUCGACCCCUAUUUCACAAUUAGCUUGGGAAUCGAAGGGUUUUUUCUCGUUUUCGCUGGGUCACUACUGUGGUCAUACCUGUCGCAGUGUCAUUCCGUUUCCAAAAGUAACAAUCCAUUACGGCCAUCGGAGCAUUUCUAUCUGCUCUGAUGAAGUCCGUGAAGAAGAUCUUUCAAAAGAAGAAUAAGAAGGAAUCGGGAAAUACGAGUGCAUCACUUUUGCAGGCUGAGCGACACGAAAGCGAUAAUAGUAGCGUGAAUGCGCGUGUCGAGGAAGAAAGCUUGGAAGCGGCCAUUGACCUUUCAUCGACGGCACCCGGCCACGGUUUAGAACCACAGGCACAACUGAUGGAACCGCCCGCGCCGAGCUUGAAAAAAUCAGCACUUCCUCACGUCAACGAAAAUCGCAACCGACCGAACACAAAUCGUCCGAAGCAGGCUAUGAGCGGCCAACAUGAGACGAAACCGCCGCUGGUGGAAGAGAAUGAUCCCGUUCGUACCGCUGACCAUCAUCAAGACACGCCCGCAGGUAGGAGCUCGUACGACUUGAUACCGCUAUUGGAUCAAACCAAGCUACCUCGUGGAGGACUUAGCAUAGACACCAAAGCUGUCGGUCGAGUACAGUUCGGCUUGCCCCCCGAGACCAUCAAGGACAGUAUGCAGCUGGGUAUACCGGUCCCUCAGGUAUACAUUGUGCCUGUAGAGCGCUUUUGUCGUGAAAUGGGGCCUGCAUUGGGAGUCAAUUUGGCGGAAUUUGAGUUCCCGGCUUACUUUAAUUUUUUUGUUUACAAGAAACGCUGUACACUAGUCGUGGAUUCAGAAGACGCCGAAGACAAUAUACGGAAAGUCUUCAGUGAGACACUGCUUGGACCGGCACAGUUCCGCCGGGAAGAAGACCCCUUGGCGUUCGAAGCGGAAGAUUUUGCUAAGGAUUUCCCUAGGAAUGCUAUUCCGAACUUUACCAAGGAAUUGAAACACUUUCGAAUCAUGCCAGACGGGAAUGAGCUAGUAAUUGAGACGCUCCUGGAAUUUCGACACUUUGAGAUGCGAUCGGACGGGCACGAAGGUCUUGGUGUUCCUCCCAACGCAGAAGGGAAAGUCGAGGAACAAGGUGAUGGUUGCAAGAGCGAAGACGAAGAUUGCGGUGCUGAGAGUGACGCGGAAGAAGAAGUUCCGAAGGACUUGCAAGCAGUCGAAUCCAGGGAGCAAGCCACUCCCUGGACAUAUUCCCAGGCUCGUUUUAUGGGCGAUGUCUCCACGGUUUGGCCGACGUCUGCAACUGUGGAUCAAAUCAAGGAACGAAGUGUCCCCCGCGUCGAAAUAUUUAAGAUGCCUGGCGGAACUGAAUACAUCAUUCAUGAUGUUGAUGAAAAUAACAAAAUCAUUGGAAAAGCUCGGUUUUCUGGGCAUGUCAAGGUCUCGGAAUUAAUGAGCGUCGAUGGCUUUGGCGGUCAUUCGAUAUUGGAUGAUGUCGGGCCAAAUUGUCGCAAAAGCAAAUCAUUUGCAGAAGAAAGGGAUCUUUCCUCUUCAGCAGAUCUAGAAAGAUGGUUGAACGAGCCGGAAAGAAUCCUGCCUCCGCCUUCGUUUCAUCCGCCUUCUUUCGGAGUGACUGUUCUUGGCAAUUCUCACGGCUUCGACAAGAGCGGUUCUGUUUCUGGAUACGUGUUAUGGAUCAAUGGGCGAGGAGUGAUGAUAGAUCCUCCUCCUUACUCGUCUGCUACAUUGGAAAGAGAAGGAAUUCGUCCACGAACUAUUGUGGGCAUCAUUCUCACCCACUGUCACGCAGAUCACGAUGCAGGAGCCUUUCAAAAAGUUCUGACAGGAUCGCCAGUCGUGGUGAUAACUACACCAACAAUCUACAAAAGUUUCAUUCGCAAAUACGCGGCUCUGUCCGCCCUUAGUCCUGCUCUUCUCCGGCAUAGCCAUCGCUACAAGCCAGCAAUCAUUGGUGAAGCACUUCGUUUUCAAGGAGCUACGUUUUAUUUUACGUACACACUUCACACAAUUCCUUGUGUAGGGUUUCGAGUCGAAUGGAGGGGGCGAUCAAUGGUUUUUACCGGGGAUCAUUUCAACAGUCCCCCUGCGAUAGACAAGCUUCAAGAAACAGGUAUUUUAUCGAAAGCACGUGCUGACGAUCUCAGAAAUCUUCCGUUGCAGGACACGGACCUUUUGUUACACGAAGCCGGUGCACCUCCGAUUCACACGCCACUUGAGGUUUUGCUUCAGCUUCCUAAGGAGGUAAAGAAACGGCUUUAUGUUGUCCACACGUCCGCUUUGCCUGCUGGAUGCGAGCUUCGUGUUGCUCCAACGGGAACAGCGGGGACUAUUCGCUUGGAUCAGAUAGCGAACCAAUCUGACGACCAUGUCCGCCGGGGGAGCCGGCAUAGUGCUUCAUCAGAUUCUUGUAGGGAUGGCGAGUACAUAUGGAACGGCCACAGCGAGUACGAAAGCAUAUCAGAGGAAGCUGCUGUAGCAAAUGCAAAUGUACCUAGUAGGUUAACUGUUCAAAGCGAGCCCCGUACAAUGAUGAAUUCGUUCCAGAACCUUGAUUUUAUUGGCGCAAAAGAAAGACAAGUGAGAAGCGCUUCAUGCUUAAGUCACGAUCCCCACCUCUCCUAUGCAUUUACCAUGGAAGUGCUUGAAACAGCGAAGGUAGAUGCCUAUGCCCCUGGUGCUGUCGUUGUACCCUCUACUCGACGUAGCCAGCUCUUGUGUGUCGUUUGGGAAGGUACUUGUACGGAGAAAAUUAGUCAAGGAGGCAAUCCAAGAAAUACGGGCGGCACCUUGAAAAUGAUCGCGGAAGGUAAGGAGAUCCCUAAGGCGGUAUGGCACGCCGGUGACUGGACAGGUCCGGUCGCGCUGCAGCCGGACCUUCUUUUGAGUGGGGAAAGUGAUACUAGCGACAAUCACGACGUUGUAGCGCUUUCCACGGAGGGAGUGAAGGUCAUAACAGUUGAAUUUUCGAGUCUUCAAACUAUCCUAAAGAGUGGUUCGCCUUUGUACCGUAAGUAUCUCGAUCGGAAAGCCCAACAGGGCAGGGCAAAGAGAGAAACGAGCUUCGAAAACGGCUCUACUGCGACUGAUGAACUUUACCAAGAGGCGGUCCGAAGCUUGAAUGUAUUGGAGUUAUUAAAUGGCAACUCUGCUCUACGAAAAUUAAGUGCAGUCCAGAAGAGACACCUCGAGAGCUUGGCAGAAGGUCCCAUUUGUUUUCAACCUGGCGAACGUUUGUGGCGAUCAGGUGCUCCGGUUGACCGAGCCUUCAUUAUGGUUUCUGGAACUGCUUCUUUUGUCCCAAAGCGCCGCAAUGCAGGUUCGGCGGCUGUUCAAGCGAAGGAUAUCGUCGAGCAUGACAGAAUGGGCGAUUUGAGUGUAUCGGAAUCGAUGAGAGCUGAUGCGCAAAAAGUUAUGAGGGAGCUCGGUGUACGUCAGGCGGACUCACUUGGUGGCGACGAAUCAUCUAUGUCGUCGGCUGAGCACGACGAUCAGAAAGUUGUACAGUUUGACCAUGUCUUCAACCGUUCUGUAAGCAAUGAUACUCCGUUCACCGAUGCUCACGAUUAUGCCAAACUUAGCAGAGGUUUGCAAAAACGAGCAGAUUACUUAUUGAAGGAAGGCUCUCGGGAAGGUUCUGUCGUCUCGAAUAUUUCGACCGACGACUCUUUAAAUGACAUGGACAGCUGUGACAACGAAAGUGAAGGGCAAGUCGAUUACACCUUCACCGACGAUGCUGACGCGGGCUUAAGAUCCAAGCGCAACUCCAUCAUCCGACGACGAUCGUCGAGGGCACGCUUUGCGAACAAGGUUCUAGGACGGCUAUAUAGUCGUCGAGCAUUUACCGGUGGCUUGGUGUUCAGUCGAGGUCACUUCCUGGGGGACGUCUCGAAAAUGGUUGCUGGUCUCUUGUCUUCGGAAGGUGUUUCGGAAGUGAGCGACGACUACGGAUCGGCGUAUGGUUUUGGAGACAAACCUGAGGGAGCGGACUACGAUCUCUUGGAGAACAUGACUGAUCUGGUUAUUCAUGAGCGAGAAGGAGACCACCAUGUUAUGCACAGUUCAACGUUGACCGCUGGGAAACGCGGUUGCGUGGUUCUAGUGUUUCCAAAGGCGAGUCUUAUUCCGUUCUUGGAUGAAUAUCCAGGUCUUUUGCUUAGUGUUCUCGGUACGCAGGUAGUAAUUUAAAGAAACCUUUAUAAAAC